CCUGCACAUAAAAACGGUCAAAUUUUUUUUUAUUUGGAAAAUUUCGGACGCAUAGAAGUAGAAUUUUGAAAAUAUGGUCACAUUAAUUUCGAAUUUUUCCAAAAAUACGGUCAUACUAUUUUGGAAAUUUGGAAAAUACGGUCCUACUAAUUAAGAAUUUUGAAAAAUACGGUCACACUAAUAUAGAAUGGAAAUACGGUCACACUUUUAUAGAAUUUCAUUUGUACGGUCAUACUAAAAUACGGUCACACUAAUAAUUUUUGGCACCAAUUUGCACCUAAAAUUUUUAGUGUGACCGUAUAUUAGUGUGACCGUACAAAUGAAAUUCUAUAAAAGUGUGACCGUAUUUUUCAUUCUAUAAUAGUGUAACCAUAUUUUUGAAAUUUCAUAAUUAGUAUGACCGUAUUUUAGAAAAAAAUUCUAAAUUGGUGUGACCGUAUAUUUGAUUUUCUAAAUUGGUGUGACCGUAUAUUUAAUAUUCUAUAUUAGUGUGACCAAAAUUAUAAUUUCAAAAUUUUUCAAAAUCAAUUUUUUUUUUUAAAUUUAACAUACCUGACAAUAAUUUUUAAUAUUUUUCGUUUUUGGUCACACUAAUUAUCUAUCUAUAAAAAAAAGACCAAACCAACAUAUUUAAUUUAUUAGGUUUCACAGCUGCUUAGUAUAACCUGUCGACUAAAUUGCUAUGCUAGUAAAAAUUGUUUUCGAUUUUACCACCGAAUAAAAAUUAAAGUUCCAGAUCCCAUUUUGACGGCCUUUUUUCUCCAGCACGAUGUGUCAUAGACGCUCCAUUGACUGCAGCAAGAACUGCUACCUUGGACUCCAUCUGGGUUCCCUGUCUCUUCAUGGGGUGAUCGUUGAUUCCGAAUUAAAGGUAAUUUUCGAAUCGCUGGUCCACUAUGAUGUAGACUUGCCAGAGUUUGGCACCAAAACUGGGGUAAUCGAAGACGCUGCCUACGAUGAGUUCCUGUGCAAUCCCGUAAUGUAUGUGAAGGCGUUGGACAUCUUGAUAGAGUCUCUGGUAUCCCAGGGGGCUGACAUGCACUCGGUGGUAUCCAUUGGCGGAGCAGCCCAGCACCACGGUUCCGUCUAUUGGUCCGAUAUAGGGUUGCGCCGGCUUUGUAAUCUUAAUCCAAUCUUUCGGCUCCACGAACAGCUGACCAACCAGGCUUUUGAGUUGACGCGUUCGCCUACGUGGCGCGACUUCUCCACAGAUGAGCAGGUACGCGAAAUGGAGUUCGCAGUGGGUGGAGCUGCCGAGAUGGCAGCCAUAACAGGAUCCCGGGCGUACGCUCGUUACACAGGGCCACAGAUCAGAAAGGUGUUCCGGAAGUGUCCGGAGCACUACGAACGCACCAGUAGGAUUUCCUUGCACACCAGCUUCCUGGCAUCGCUGCUCAUUGGAGGCGUGGCUGCCAUAAAUCACACAGACGGCAGCGGCAUGAACCUGCUCGACAUCCGGAAAAAAACGUGGUCCAAGAAGUGCCUGGAUGCGUGUGCUCCCGAUCUGGCCCGACGUCUAAUGAGGCCAAUAAAGCCCUCACGACUGCAGGGGCGGAUUGCCAACUACUAUGUGCAGCGCUGGAACUUCCGGCCGGACUGCAUGGUUGGGGCGUUCAUUGGAAGUAAGAAUUCGGAGAUGGCCGGGCUGCCGGGCCUAACCGACUAUCUUAUGCUCUCCCUGGACACAAGUGACGCCAUAGUGCUGCCGUUGAAAAUCGCUCCGGUGAUAAAUGAGGGGCACGUGCUAGUCCAUCCAACCCGUCCCGAUGAGUACAUGGGAAUGCUCUGCUUCCGGAACGGAUCAGUGGUCCGAAACGCGAUUUGCGAGGAAGUAGCUAAUGGCUGUUGGGAAAGCUUCAACCAGAUGCUGGACGACACGCCCAUGGGCAACAACGGUAAUGUGGCCAUCCACUUUCGUGACCGCGAGAUCAUCCCAAUCGCCCAGGGCACGAUGCGGUGGGACGCCGAUGUCGAUCCUAUGACCCAAGAGUCUUUGCGCGGGCUUCCGAGAUUUGAGGCGCCGGAGAUCGAGGCGCGUGCCGUGAUUGAGGGCCAGAUCAUGCACCACUUCUCUGUCGCCAGCGAGAUGGGCUUCACUUCCGACGAGGACACCAAGGUGAUAGUGGUGGGGUCUGACGCCAAAAACACCCGCAUCCUCCAGAUAGUGGCCGACGUCUUCAACACGCGCGUGUACCAGCGCAAUGGUCCGGAGGCCAGCUUGCUGGGAUCGGCGUUCCGAGCUCGGUAUGCGUUCUACGAGCAUCGCGAGUGCGCCUGCAACUGUCGGCCCUGCCGCUCCUGGGACCGCAACUCCAAGCUCAGCUACGACGAGUUCUUCAAAGUGCCAGACGGACUGACGCUGGCGGCGGAGCCGACGCCCGGAUGCGUGCAGAUCUACCAGCCCCUAUUAGGUCGCUGCGCCCAGAUGUGUCGGGUCUUGGCUUCCAAACAGUAAAGCAAUUAAGCUGCAGAUCUACGAGGGGCAGGUGGCCAAGCAGGAACGGGAGUGGGAGUGUCAUCGAUGGCUGCUAAAAGUCCGCAUCCCAGCCGGAUAGCUCGUCCGGCGGCUCACUGGGAUCGCACGGGAAGCGGUCGAAGUACCGGGUGUCUGUCGGAUGGGCGAUGGGCCGGACGAAUGGCGGGAUUAGGAGCUGGCUGGACAGCCCGUCCCAGUCGAAGCCCAAGAACCAUCUGUGAAUUGGACAUUAGAUAGAUGACGAUAAGUAUACAACUCUAGCACUCUUGCAUAUGCCGAAGUUGGAUUUUAAGUCUAUCUUAAUAUUUGUACUAAUCUUUAUACUAUAUUUUUACUCUCUGAUAUUAAGACUCUCCCCAUCUGCAAGAGUGUUAGCCUUCGGUCCUCAAGAUAGCUAUAGUCACUCCUUUUUUAAACUCGCUAUUCUUUUCAUACCGAUGUAGUUGUGAAUCAUUUUUUAGAAACAUAAAGUCGAAAACAGCAGA